AUGUCCCGCUACGUUGAAACCCACGCUAAGCCAAAUGGCCCUGGUGAUGCGCACCCGAGGGCCCUGCAAAUCAUCAAGGAUCAGGGCGUCGAAGGCAAGCUCCACGGCGAGAUCAUUGUCAUCACCGGUACGUCUUCUGGCAUCGGUAUCGAAACCACUCGCGCCCUGGCCACUACUGGCGCUACCCUCUUUCUCACGGCCCGAGACGUCGCCAAAGCGCAAUCCGCCCUCGCUGGUAUCUUCGAACCUUCCCGCAUGGAGAUCAUGGAGAUGGACUAG